GCGCAAGAACAUUGACGAAGAUGUCUGAAAAUGCAGACUCUCCAACAGAAUCACAAAAAGAAGAGCCAGCAACUCAACAUACUCCAACGGAGGACUCAGGGCCCGCAGAUGAAAAGAAGAAGAUUGAUGUGUUGCUAAAGGCCGUCGGAGACACUCCGAUUAUGAAGACCAAAAAGUGGGCUGUGGAGCGUGGAAGGACGGUGCAGGCCCUGUCACAGUUCAUCUCACGUUUUCUCAAGUUAGAGCCCAAUGAACAGUUGUUUAUAUAUGUCAACCAAUCAUUUGCACCAUCGCCUGACCAAGAAGUAGGAGUCCUUUUUGAGUGUUUUGGCAGUGAUGGCAAAUUGGUUCUACACUACUGUAAAUCCCAAGCCUGGGGCUGAUCCAUUUUUUUGUUUUUUUUGUUUGUUUUUUAAUGCCUUGCAAAACCACACAGAUUUUAUCAAGUGCUCAUUGUUGUUAUUAAUGCUUUAUGUUGUCUAUAUAUUGAUGUAAAUAACAAAAUGUAAAUAAAUUAAUGUUUCAGAUGACUCUC